AGAAGAAGAACAAUGGCCGCCUGUGGUCUACUGCGCUGCAUGACUUCUAACUUUUCUACUGUUUUGCCCCUCAUAAGUCGCUCAGUCCCACGUAUCUCGUCGCGGCUGGGUCCACAUCCAUAUUUGAGAAGAACUUUAGCAACAUCUUGUAGAUUUUCAGCAGCUCUUAAAUUCACGGAUAAGCACGAAUGGGUCCGAGUAGAAGAUGAUGGACUGGGGACAGUUGGCAUCAGCAACUUUGCACAAGAGGCUCUGGGAGACGUGGUCUACUGUGGACUUCCAGAGGUGGGGACACAGCUGGCUCAGCAAGAUGAGUUCGGAGCUCUAGAAAGCGUGAAGGCAGCCAGCGAGCUGUACUCGCCUCUCACAGGAGAAGUUGUAGAAAUCAACACACUCCUGGAGGACAAACCUGGUCUGGUCAACAAGUCCUGCUACAAAGAUGGUUGGUUAAUGAAGAUGACCAUUGCUAAUCCCGCUGAGCUCGACUCGCUCAUGGACGAAGCUGCAUACGAGAGAUACAUCCGCUCCAUCGAGGACUAACUUUGCCGCCCCAGACCUUUACUCUCCAUCGCCUCUACAAAAGUGUCUGCCGCGAUAAGCCACGAGAAAACUCAGCAGGCGGACCAGAAAUAGAACUGUGAAUUUUGAAAACCCCUCGACUACUGGACAAAACCAAGAAAAUAAGUCACUGGCCUCUUCUUGUGGAGAUCCAGGUCACUGACUCGUUCCUCAGUAUUUUAGUUGGUACGAAAAAAAAAAAAAGUCGGUUAGAUUUGCACUUUGUUUUUGAUGGCAUGAUUGAUGUUGGUCAAUACUGCAUGUGUGACAUUUGCACUGCAGACAAAGGUCAAUAAACAUCUGAAAAUA